AUGGACAAACCCGAAUCGGGUCCCGGGCCCUCUUCUCCCGCAACUACAGUCACCGCAACUGCUUCUGCAAGUCAUACUCCACUAACAACACCCGGAUCUACAAUCACAUCUGCUUCCUCUUCUUCCUCGGCCUCAUCCGGCUCUGCUGUGUCGGCAUCCGCGUCUGCUUCUGUCUCGGCCCAACAUCCACAACAACACCCGCAACACCUACAACACCCACAACAUCCACAACACCCGCAACAUCCACCGGUGCAACAACAGCAACAACAACCCGUCAAUCCUACCGGGUCCCUACAAGGUGGAAAUCCAGCAAAUACUACAACUACUACUACUACUACUACAACUACCUCAACUACCCCAGGCGUCUCCUCAGCAGCCAUAGCAGCCGCUUCAGACCCGUAUUUCUUACACACACCACCGCCGCAAGUGCACGCAACGGCCCAACGUCAUAUGUUUACCGUGGACUCACGAAAGAUUCUACUCAAGGAGGUUGUCCAGCUGCAACCGUACCUGAACCCGGAAAUGUGGGACGCCGUCACUAACCGGUACGGCUGGUGGUGCUAUGACCAUAUCAAGCCCGAGCGCAGAACGGUCCCCAAGGACCGGCUCCGGAAAAAGGUCAAAAAUAUCAUGUCUACCUACCAUCAAAAGAAAACUGCAAUGGGAGCUGCCACAGCUUCUCAGUUGGGUGCUGCCUCAACCGCAACUCCAGGGAACACGGGCCCAGACGAUACCCCAACUUCUCCAUCUUCAGGAACCCCAGGCCCAAACUCAACAGCAGGUGUAUCUUCUUCCACCCCCUCAGCUGCAAGCCUUAACGAGAUCCACACUGGAGACAUGCCUGAUGAGCUGCCAUAUGAUGCAGAGACAAUUGAUCUGAUUGAAAAAGUCGUCCAGCAGUACUCAGAUUCCCUUAACCAAGCAACAUCAAGAAGACUUGGGAAAGUCCGCGCAAAGUCUGCCCCAGGACUUACAGAUUAUUCCUUUGGAAAUAAUGCCGUUCAUGCUGCUCAAGCCGCUCAAGCUGCCCAAGUGGCUGCUGCCCAAGCUGCUGCUGCUGCUGCUGCUGCUGCUGCUGCUUCAUCAGGCCAUCACAAUAGUCUCCCAUCUGCUCCACCACCAGCAACUCUUGAAGAAGCUGCUGCCGCUGCCGCUGCCGCUGCUGCCGCUGCUGCUGCUGCUGCUGCUGCUGAUUCUCCAGACCAAGUUUCAGGACGUGGAUUAUACCCGGCUUCUCUUGGGAUUCUCAAUAUUAUCCAAGACGACAAUGAUGACGACAAUGAAGAUCCAGUCGAUUCACCACGUAAACGUCGCAGAACAGACGGUGAUUCUUCAAGUGGACCUUCUGCAGCAGCUAUUGCUGAUCUUCUAACUGGAGAAUCAUCCAAGACCUCAAGUCAAUCGGAAACAGCUUCAGUUGACAAGCCUGGUACGUCUGUUUCUGCAGCAUCUUCUGGGGUUUCUGGUCUCGAUGCAUUUGACACGCCCCAGGGCCAUAAUACUUCUUCAACAUCAACAACUUCAGCAACAACCACUCAAGUCCCGCACACAACAACAACAACAACAGCAACUGGAACAACAACAAACCCAGGAAUCCCGACUCCAGCACAAGAGCGUGAGUCAAACUACUUUGCACAGUACCCAAGCAAAUCAGAUACUCUUGCUGAAACAAUUGCAAAUACAUUUCGCACUAUUUUGCAGGAGUCUCAUAAAGACCAGAUGGAAAAGUUUCGCGAGUUUGGUCAUUCCUUUGGCCAGGCAGUGGGUGAAUCCAUUGCUCGAGCAAUCUCCACAAGUGUCGAUAAACUCGUUGAAGCUCACCAGAUCCACCAGCAACAAGACUCUUCUUCUUCUUCAACUUCAACUUCAACUUCUAAUUCUACUACUACUACUUCUUCUUCUUCUGUUCCAAAUAAGGAUUCAUAA